UAGAUAGAAGCUACCGGUCUCGAACUCCUACCUCGCCUCUCUCCCUGCACCAAUUCCCGCUCUAUCCUCCUACCAAAACCCCGCGACAAAUUCACAAUGGGUUCCAGCGCCUCGAAGCCCUCUGCUGCGGCGCCGCAUGUGUGGAAGGCGCCCGCCCCGGCUGGUGUAUCGCACACUCUUGUCGAGCAGUUGGAGUCUAGCCCCGAGACCGACAUGUCCCGCCAACAGGCCCUCGAGCUCCAAGUUCAAGCCCGCGUCGCUGAAGAGCUGAAGCGACUCCGGGCCGCCGAAGCCGCCAAGCUGCAAGAAACUCUUAAAUCCUCUUCCUCCGACGAGCAGCAGCAACAACAACAAGAGAACGACAUUAGCAGACAAAAGGUCCAGAAGGAAAUCGAGGCUUUGCGUGCCAAGCUCGACGAGCACCGCAAGGUGCGCCCGCUGCCCGAGAGCACGGAGACGGCGCGCAGCGAGGUGGUGCGGUGUCUGCGUGAGCACGACCGCCGGCCGCUGGACUGCUGGAAGGAGGUUGAGGCUUUUAAGGAGGAGGUGCGGAGGCUGGAGAAGGGAUGGGUUGAUAAGGUUGUUGCUUAAGUUCUCUCUGAGACUGGAGUGAAAGCUUUUCCCCGGACGCACCUAGGGUACCCGGCACACACACACACACACAUACCGACAGACGGAUAUACAGGAGGGGAUAUACCUGGACUGGGUACGGAUGUUGGCGGUGGGCCUGGGUGUAAGGAAGGGAAAGCAAGAAACCUUGUGCGCUCAGUUUUGCGCAGCCCAAGGAAGUGUUGAAAAGGGCUAGGGAUGAGUGGAAGGGAAUGACAAGGCCAGCUGGGUUUUCUCAUGGACCAAAAGGAGAGGGAGAAGCUGCUAGUUGAGUUCAUCUGCAGUCAAUCGAAAGGAUAAGCAGAAAUUAGCAGCUCGCUGGAUGGGGUUACUGGUUGAUAGGGUUGACUGCGACAUUGCAGUCAGUCAAGUGUGUGUAUGUGAGCGUGUAUCAUAGAUGUCUCAAAAUGGUCAAAAAGCUGAGGACCCGUGGCUUUGGAGCUUGGAGCAAUGGUAAUAGAUAAAGGCUAAGCUUUCCUUUCAGUCAAUUCAGUCAGGUCAAGACAACGAUCCAAAAGAACGGCAAACAACUCUUAAGACAAGACAAGCAAGAGUAUAGA